AUGGAAGCGACAGCUGUCCUGCCUAGGUACCUCCAGUUGAGGCUGCUGCUGUUGCUGCUGCUGGUGGUUUUGCUUCGGGCUGGUCCCGUGUGGCCCGACAGUAAGGUGUUGAGUGACCUGGAUCAGGUGCGAAUGACCUCUGAGGGCUCUGACUGCCGCUGCAAAUGCAUCAUGCGACCACUGAGCAAGGAUGCAUGCAGCCGGGUGCGAAGCGGACGAGCUCGAGUCGAGGAUUUCUACACUGUGGAGACAGUGAGCUCAGGGACGGACUGCCGGUGCUCCUGCACCGCCCCGCCCUCCUCACUCAACCCCUGUGAGAAUGAGUGGAAGAUGGAGAAACUGAAGAAGCAGGCACCUGAGCUCCUCAAGCUGCAGUCUAUGGUGGAUCUCCUGGAGGGUGCCCUGUAUAGCAUGGAUCUGAUGAAAGUGCAUGCCUACAUCCAGAAGGUGGCCUCCCAGAUGAAUACAUUGGAGGAGAGCAUCAAGGCCAACCUGAGCCUGGAGAACGAGGUGGUAAAAGACAGCAUACGCCACCUCAGUGAGCAACUGAAGAACUAUGAGAACCAGUCAGCCAUCAUGAUGAGCAUCCAGAAGGAGCUGUCUAGCCUGGGCCUCCAAUUGCUGCAGAGGGAUGCAGCUGCCGUCCCUGCCACUGCCCCAGCCUCAAGCCCCGAUAGUAAGGCUCAGGACACAGCUGAUGGGCAAGGCAAAGAUCUCAACAAAUAUGGCAGCAUGCAGAAGAGCUUCUCAGACAAGGCCCUUGCAAAACCUCCUUCCAAGGAGAAGCUGUUGAAAGUGGAGAAGCUGAGGAAGGAGAGCAUCAAGGGCAGGAUACCCCACCCCACAGCCAGGCCACGUGCCCUAGCUCAGCAGCAGGCCGUGAUCCGGGGCUUCACCUACUACAAGGCAGGCAAACAGGAGGCCAGACAGGAAGCACCCAAGGCUGCUGCUGACAACACCCUCAAAGGUACUUCCUGGCUGGAGAAGUUACCACCCAAGAUAGAGGCCAAGCUUCCGGAGCCUAACUCUGCCAAACAUGAUGACGUCAGGUUGCAGGCUUCAGAAGGAGCCAACUUGGUCCCUGAUAUCUCCACCACCACCACCGCCACCACCACCACCGCCACCACCACCACUACCAGCACAACCACUACCAGCACUACAGCCACUGCCACCACAACCCCAACCCCCAUCACCACUCUCUGGCCCACUGAGCCACUUUUGCAUCCAGAAGUCCCCAGCCAAGGUAGGGAUGACAGCUGUGAGGGCACUCUCCGAGCUGUGGAUCCUCCUGUGAAGCACCACAGUUAUGGGCGCCAUGAGGGGGCUUGGAUGAAGGACCCUGCAGCUCGAGAUGACAGGAUCUAUGUCACCAACUACUACUACGGAAACAGCCUGGUGGAGUUUCGAAACCUGGAAAAUUUCAAACAAGGCCGAUGGAGUAAUAUGUACAAGCUGCCCUACAACUGGAUAGGCACAGGCCAUGUUGUGUACCAGGGUGCCUUCUACUACAACCGUGCCUUCACCAAGAAUAUUAUCAAAUAUGACCUGCGCCAACGUUUUGUGGCCUCCUGGGCCCUGCUGCCUGACGUGGUCUAUGAGGACACCACACCCUGGAAGUGGCGUGGCCACUCGGACAUUGAUUUUGCCGUGGAUGAGAGUGGCCUGUGGGUCAUCUACCCGGCUGUGGAUGAGCAUGAUGAAACACAGCAUGAGGUGAUCGUGUUGAGCCGCCUGGAUCCUGCAGACCUCUCUGUGCACCGGGAGACCACGUGGAAGACACGGCUGAGGAGGAACUCCUACGGGAACUGCUUUCUGGUGUGCGGCAUCCUCUACACCGUGGACACUUACAACCAGCAUGAGGGCCAGGUGGCUUACGCAUUCGACACCCACACGGGCACUGAUGCUCACCCACAGCUGCCCUUCCUCAAUGAGUAUUCCUAUACCACCCAGGUUGACUACAACCCCAAGGAGCGGGUACUCUAUGCCUGGGACAAUGGCCACCAGCUCACUUACACUCUCCACUUUGUGGUCUGAGUGGGGACCUAUGUUCACACGUGAGGGCAACAGAGGUGAAGAGGCUAUCCCUAGCAACCCUUGUAUCUGAUAUAAGUAUCAGCUGGGGAGCAUCCUGGCCCUCCCUCUGCAGCUACUUGUGCCCAUAUUCCUUGCACAUUUUUCAGCAGAUGAGAAGGUAUAGGCAGCUCAGCUCUGGCAGUUUGGGGUGCUGGCCUGAGCUUCCCCCAUCUCAACUCCUGUACCACAGCCCUCGCCUUGGCCAUCCUCGUCUCCCUCCUUAGCCCUUCUCAAAGCCUUGGGCCUGGGGUCUUUUCUGGGCCUUCAAAGCUAUUCUCUUCACUCUCAGGGAUUGCUAGGAAUAAGGCCUUUGUCCCCAGAGAGGGUAGCCCCAAGAUGGACCAGGCUCUGACUCCCUUGCCAAUCUUAAUCUGGUCAUUUGGUGGGCUGAUUCAGCAGCCUGGGAAUCUGAGGGAGACAGGACAGGGGGUUCAGAAAACACUUCUCAGUUUGCAGGACAAAACCCAGAGGUAGAGGCAGGGGGUUGGACUGGGGUCUCGGUACCAGGAUUUUCUUUGAGAUGAGACUUGGGAUUGUGGACACACAAGUGAAAAUAUACAAGCUACCUUAAAAUAGGAUUGGCGGCUAGCUGCCCUGGUGCCACUUGUGGCCCCUAGAGCCUUCAGACCCAGAUAGCCCUGAGAUCAAGACCUUUCAAGCCAGCCUAUGGCAGCUUUGGGCAUUUUUUUUUUAAAGUUGGAGAGUUCUUUUGCCCAUCUCCUUGUUUUACCAAAGAAAAUAUAGGUCUCAACGGCUCCAGGGUAUAGGUGGAGCCAUACUGGGCGGGGUGUAACUGAUUUUCUUUGGUAGAGCCCUAUACUGAGACAGCUCUGCUUGCAAAAGCAACAGAUCCCCAGCACCUUUAAAGAUGUCUACUGUUGACCCCUGCCCUGCCCCUGGAUCCUGGACACUUGUGCCCUGUCCCCACUCUUACCUGAAGUGACAUACCAAUUUAUGAAAUCUCACUGUGCAGUACUAGGUAGGGAAAUUUAGGUUCUGUGCAGAGUUCAGACUUGCUUUCUUCCAGACAUUGUUGGGUGAUGCUUUGCUUAAGGAAUAGCUCACUCCUGAAAUAAAGAGGGACAGUGACAGCCGGCCCAGCCAGGUCUGACUCACAGUGGUAGCUACAUCCAGCUUCCCCCACCCAGCUGGCCACCACAAGCUUCUCUUCCAGCCUCUUCAGAGCACUUGGAGGCCCCGGCCUUUCCCUUGGCCCUGGGUGUGGGUCUUUUCAAGACUUUGCUUUGUGAUGUCAUAGCCUAACCAUGUGAGAGGUGCUCAGGCAGCUAGCUCUGCAGCAGCCUGAGAAAAGAGAACACUAGGACACACUGGUUUUGAAAAGUAAACAUGUGGCAUAGAUUCCUGGGGUGGGACAACAGGGCCUGCCAUAGUCCCCAGUUGUCCUCCAGGCCCCUUCUGUUUGCAGGCUUUUGUGUGUUGUAUGGUAAACAUAGUUCAUUUCCUCAUUUGUAAAUGGUCAUACUGGAUCCCAAGUAACUUACUGGUCACAUAGGCUGGUAAUGGAAGAGCCAGGUUUCCAAAUCAAGUAAGCUGUCACCGUUAUCUGGAUCUUCAGAUAACGGUGUGCUGGACAUACUGUAGAAAGUAAACUACCAAAGGGACUACUGACAAGUGAGGACAAUGACAGGAAUUUACUCAAGAUUACAUAGCAGUUGUAGUCUGUGGCAAGGCUAGGGGUUCAAGGCUCAGAGCAUGCUUCCUGAUGUCUUUGUGCCAUGCUAGUAACAAGUUCCAAAAGUGCUGGUAGUUGCAGUCAUUCAAGAUGGCCAGGGCAAGAGCUUCCCCAAAGGCCAGCUUCUACAAAGCUUUGAGUACCAAGCCAAGGAGUGGUCAUAUCUAGCCUUGUCUAGAACAGAACUGUGUAAAUUAACAGAGCCAAGGGAAUCCUGACACGGUUUCUAAUUAGAUUUUGUUGGUGCUAAGCACGUAAAAGGUCGUGUUAAGGAGCCUGAAUCUGCCAAUUUGUGAGCUCUAAAGGAAACCUGGCUCCCACUACCACACAUGCAAACACAUACACAGACACCUUCACACACCUACCACAUACACACCACACACAUACACUGUACGCAUAUUCACGCUCAUACACUCACAUACCAUAUAUACACAUGUGUGCACUCACACAUACCUUGGGUUGAAUUUUUCUGGGCGUCAGAUACUUUAUAGAAGGAGGGGUAAGGACUGUACAGAACUGCUCACUGACUGCUUUUAUAAUGACAAAACAUCCCAUGCCUCUGAACAACUCUACAGGGGAAAGGGCUUUGGCUUUCAUCACUGAUUCCUCUUUGGAGAUUGUUAGCCUUGAGUGGUACUUGACACAACCGGAGACCCAGUAGAGAAUCUUACUCUCCCUCUUGCAUCAAAGACUCAGUGCAGGCCCCUGCGUGAUUGUCAGAGUCCUAGGGAAUCAGGAGCCUGGGUUAAUUUGCAGUUGGUCUCCAUGCUGUCCCUCCCUCUCAGGCUAGGUAGGUAUUAACUCCCUCACAGAGGUGGGACCAAGGCUCAGUGAGAAGAGAAGACUUUAGGAGAGCUCACAGCACCUCCCAGAACUGGAAGUCACUUUGACCUGCAGUCACACAAAACCACCCUGCAACCCCCAAAAUGGCAAUAUUUUCUCUCAUUGUAGGUUACAAACCUUGAGUUCAGAGAGGCUUAGUGACUUGGUCAGGGUUGGGUAUCUGGCAUAUGGAGGUGAGAUCUGAACUAGAUUUCUUUAAACCAAAGCCUCCAACUAACUGUUAAAGUAGUUGUGGGUUUUGUUGUUGUUUGUUUGUUUGUUUGUUUGUUUUUUCUUGGUUUGGGACAAUAGGAAGCUCAAAGACAAGUUUGAGAUUAUUUUAAACGCUUGUAUGGAGUUUAACCACCUUCAUUCUAGCUUUGUGGAUGUACCUUUACCCUGGUUUAUUUUUAUUGUACUGUAUUUUUUAUCUAUUUUUGUAAGGUGUCACAUGAUCUUUUUUGCAACAGGGUAGCAUAUACAUAAAUAAAACCCAUGACUAUAGCUGGAUGUGGUGGUGCAUGCCUUUGGUCCAUGCACCUGGGAGGUAGAGGUAGAUAGAUUUCUGAGUUCAAG